CUUCCCAAAAGGGUCCUCAUCGUCCUCUCCCGUCCGAGUGCCCUAGUAACCCUAGCCGCCUGAGGCCGACGCCAACUCUCUCCUGACCGCAACGGGGAACUCGCCCCCCGCCUCCGCCACCGCGCCGGUCGCCGACCCACUCAGAUGAACACGUCUCCGUCCAGAUACAGUGAACGCAGGGAGCCCACUGGAUGUCUCAAAGAGGGCCAGGAUGAUGGAACCAGGUGCUCCCUAUUUUGGGGCUAUGGGAAGCAGCGCCAGCGGUGCCGGCGGCGGCUUCUACCAGCCCUUUAACAGCAACCUAGCUGGUGCAGGGUCUAGCACCGGUAUCCAAAGCUUCCCAUGUGUCCGGCUGCGAGGCCUCCCCUUUGAUUGCAACGACAUUGACGUCUGCAAGUUCUUUGUGGGGCUGGACAUAGUGGACUGCCUCCUGGUUAACAAGAACGGGCGCUUCACCGGCGAGGCUUUUGUAGUCUUCCCAACAGCCAUGCAGGCAGAGUUUGCGCUGCACCGCGACAGGCAGAACAUGGGGCGGAGGUAUGUCGAGGUGUUCAGGUGCAAGAAGCACGAGUACUACUGUGCAAUAGCCAAUGAGGUGAACCAGGGCGGUUAUUUCGAGCCGGAGUACCGCCGCUCCCCGCCUCCUCCGAGGCCUAGGAAGCCGUCUGAAGAUAAGGGCAGCAUGGAGUACACAGAGGUUCUGAAGCUCCGCGGGCUUCCCUACUCUGCCACCACUGAGGACAUCAUCAAGUUCUUCCUGGAGUACGAGCUGGCAGAGGAGAACGUGCAUAUCGCCUACCGCUCCGAUGGGAAGGCCACGGGUGAAGCCUUCGUUGAGUUUCCGACAGCUGAAGUCGCGAAGACGGCCAUGUGCAAGGAUAAGAUGACCAUUGGGACGAGGUACGUGGAGCUGUUCCCGUCGACCCCAGAGGAGGCCAGCAGGGCGAAAUCCCGAGGCAGGCAUUGAAGAAACGUGUUCCAGUGAUCUUCUGUAUGCAUGCAUGCGGCCGCGUUCGAGCUCAGUUUUCAUUUUGCAUGCUUGCCUCUGUGUGUCGCUGUUAGGUGGUGUUAACCUGAGCUGUCAUGUUUCGCUACUGAUCGUGCAGUGAUUUGUUAUAUCUGAAGUUCUGAACUGAAUUGUAACAGUUGUCUUCUGUUGGAUGCACUUGUAUGGCAUAUCGUUUUCUAUAAAAACACGAAGGUUGCUUGUCAUUA